UUGGCUAUCGCGUGGACUUUUGCCGCGCGGCAAGCAUUACCGCGUCCUGUGUGCAGAAGCCAUAACUCGCGCGAUGCCAUAUCCCCACUCCACAUGACGUUACCCGUUUAGUUCGGCCACAUCCGAAGCAAUCUCAAAGGGCACGACUAAAAACUGGAGCCAAUUUUUACAAGAGGGAGUUUGUACCCCUGGCCGCUCUCAAGCUUCUCUCGAAUACAUUAUUGAUAAUAAUAAGGAUUACCUGGAACCAAUAUUGAGAGAGAGAGAAAGAGAGAGAGAGAGAUUAUUGAUAAUAAGUGCAUUCAUUUUCAAAUAUCUUUGAGAUUGUUUACAACUAUAUCGGUUAAGCAUUAGAAAUAAUUGCAGGCUUCCAGUAGUUUGUUCUACAAAAAAGUAAUUAUAAGACACGUGAGAAACUAAUUUUACGUGUUGCAAGAUGUCAUUAUUUCAUGGAUACAACGAAAUUAAACCUACCGAUCUAGUGGCAAAGUCCAUGCUAUCACCAUGCAAAACAACUGUUUUCAAACCCAAAGACUCUGGUCAAAAGCCAAAGGGCUUAUCAAUAAGAUCUCGAUCAGAUAUGAAUGUAUUUCAUAGCACACAUCCAACUAAUGUAAAAAAAAAUACAUAUACUAAAAAUUUGAAGAUUCAAAAGUCUAAUGAAAUAAGACCAGACAGUUCUAGACAUCAGUUCUUGACAUAUUCACCAAAGGAACAUUGGAAAUAUUCUAAUUGUGAAUAUCAGAUUACUGAAUUUGAAAGAUUAACACUAAAAGAAGAGAAAAAAGGAAUUGAUAAAGAUACAAAGACAGAAGAGACAUUAGAUGAUAAAAUUUUUAAGAAACCACUGCCUAAAAGAUUUGCUAAGAAAGUUCAUGAACCAGAAAAUUUAGCACAUCAUUAUGAUUUUCAACAUAAAUUUGAUUAUGAACAUAUUGAAAACAUAGAACAAGAAUUUAUGGACCAAUUUUUGAAAGAAAAAGAAACUGUAAUACUUCAUGAAGAAGAUUCAGCAAUGUUAGUACCUAUAGAAUUUCCAGAACUUAUUUUUCCUAGUUUCUUUGAUGAAGAAUAUAUAAAACUUUCAUCUCCUGAGAUAUCAUACAUAUCUGAUGAUGACACUUUGUGAUUGAGAUGGCUGUAUCAAGGGUUUAUUUAAUAUUAAACUUUAAAAUAAAAACUUAUGAUUUAGUGUUAUUGUGAAUA